GGGGGAGGCCUGAAUGUUUUUUUGGGGGUGAAAAUCCCAACAAAAUCAGUCGAUAAUGGCAGAAGAGGAGGUAUUGAUCGAAGUCGAAGCUGCUGAAUCCGUUUAUGGUGACGAUUGCAUCGUUCUUGAAAAAUACCCUCCUCAUCUCCAUCUUCUAAUCAAGCCUCGAACUGCUGAAGUUUCCUCUCAACAGUUUGUGGAAGCAGUUAUAGGGAUACAAGCAAAUUCCAAGUAUCCGGAUGAACCACCAGCCAUUGUGAUUAUAGAUUCCAAGGGUCUUGAUGACCAAAGACAAAAACAUCUUAUAACCAGUGUCCAUAACAAGGCUUGUGAACUCUCUUCAAACUCAAUGCUUAUUGCUCUUUGCGAGGAAGCAAUGGAGAAGCUCACUAGCAUGAAUCACCCUGAUGGAGAUUGUCCGUUGUGUUUAUCUCCUUUGGUUGAAGAGGGUGCGUCCGAUAAUGCUUCACCAUUUAUGAAAUUAAUGUCGUGUUUCCAUUGUUUCCAUUGUGCAUGCAUUAUAAGGUGGUGGAAUUGGCUCCAGACCCAUAAAGAAGUCGAUCAUGCUAGUUCAUCUGGUCCAACUGCACAUCCACAACAGAUUAAAACUCAGCCAGGCAUGCAUAAAAACAUGGAAGAUGGCAUCGGAUUUUGCCCAGUAUGCCGUAAGGUGUUCCAUGCCAAGGACAUCGAACAUGUGCUCGACUUGGUGGGGGCAUAUUCUCAGUUGAAUCUUGACAACACCGAAGGUAUAGAAAACGAAAUGCUUCUUCGCUUGGAUUCAGAAAACACAAGGCGGCAGAAGUUCGAGGCCAUCCUGAAGCUACAGCAGGAGAACAAUGGCUUGAUUGAACCAAAAAAGACCGAAGUUUUAAUGCCCGGUAUGUUUCUUCCCCGUCCCACCACCACCAUUGCCGCCAAUGCCACUAGCUCAGACAAAGAAUCCGCCACCGGAGAACAGGCAAGCGAAUCUAAAACAAACGCUGGUGUUUCGUCGAAUAGCAGUAACCAUAGAAGGUCAGGGCCAAGGAGCAGGUACAGAGGAAGGAAUUCAAGAACUCAAGUUGAUAGACGGUGGAUUGUUAAAGAGAAUGGAAAUGCCAAGUAAAAACGUUUCUAUUUUAUUUCAUCUUAUCAGUAAACUACAAAUUUUGUCCGUUACAUCAGCUAUUUUGUCCUUUUUCAAGGGCAUAUUAGUCUUUUUAUCUAGUCAAGUGACCGUUCAUGUAACGUUUUGUAACAUGACCCUUUUUUUUGCUGUGACGUAUGUGAAACUUCUUAAUGCGUAUUCUUUAUACCCCUUCCUCA